AUGUCUAGUUUUCAGAGUAUCAGAGCAAGAAUUCAUGUUCAUAAAAAGAAAAAGAAUGAAAACCAACACAAUCCAACAGAGUUAGAUGAUGCAGAGAGAGAAUUAGAAGAACUAUUUGAAAAGUAUAAGAAAGAGAUUGCCUUUGAAGGAUUAAACCAAAAGAUUGGAUCAGAACAUUUUUUUAAAUUCUAUAAAGAGAUUAUACCCGCAUACAUUGAUACUUUCUCUCAACUAUUGAAUCAAUUGGAAGCAUAUCUUUUUAAAGUAUUGGGAUUUUUAGUUGCAGAAACCUUUAAUACCCUAACUCCAUUGGAUCUUUUAACACCUCCCAAAGGUGACACCAAUACACAUUUAACAUAUAUAAUUGUUAAAAAACAUAAAGAUAUAGCUAAUUAUUCAGAUCUUUUUGAAGACACAAAAUAUAAUUGUGUAUACAAUACCUUGAGAACAAUACAGGUUAUCUACAAUGAACUCAUUAUAAUCUAUCAUUAUUUCAUUAGAAAUCUCAGUAGUUAUGAAGAGAUAUUCGCAAGUGUAAAAACAUAA